GGGCGGCCCGGGGCGGGCGCGGCGCCGCGUCUCCAUGGCGCCCUGAAGGCGGCGGCGGCGGAGUCCCUAGGCCGCGUCCUCGUCCUCGGCCGUGAGUGAUCUCGAUGCCGAGCACCUCGGAGGCAGCGGCCGGCGGGAGCGGGGGAAGCCGGGGUUGGGGGAGCGGCGGCGGCAGCGCGGCGGCGGAGGCGGCGGCGGCCGACAAGAAGCGGCUGCAUCACCGGAGACGGAAGCGCUUCGCGGCCCAGCCGCAGCCUCCCCCCCCGCCGCCGGCCCCGCACCCGCUGCUCUUCCCGCUCCUGCAGCCGCCCCUCCUGCAGCCCCCGCUCCUGCAGCCGCCGCUGCCGCCGCAGUCCCUGCUCUUCCUGGCGGCCACCGGCGCCUCCUCCUGCUGCGGGGACGGGGGGGAGCGGAAGCGGCCGCGGGGCAAGCGGCGCUCGGGCUCCCGGCACAAACGGCGGCGGGGCCGCGGGGGCGGCGGCGGCGGGACCCAGGAGGCAGAGAAGCGGCGCGGUAGCGGGGGGCUGAGCACGCUGGUGGAGGAGUACGACGACGUGAGCUCCCAGUCCGAGGGGCUGGUGGGCGGCGGCGCGGCCGGCGGCGGCGCGGGCAGCGGCGCGGGGAGCCCGGCCUCAUCCCCGGGAGGCGGCGGCGGGAGUCAGCGGCAGAGAGGCGAGGCGGAGAGGAGCGGGCGUUCCCGUCGGGAGCACCGCAGCAGCAGCCGCCGCUCCAAGGAGCGGCACCGGGAGCACCGGCGGCGGGGGGAGGAGAAGGCGCAGCAGGAGGGGGCGGCGGCGGGCCGCGGGGGGAGCGAGGCCGCCUCGUCCUCCUCCAAGUCCCGCAGCCGCCACAACCACGCCGGGGGCCAGGACCGGGAGGGACUCAAGAGCGGCGGCGGCGGCGGCAGCGACGGCCGCAGGAAGGGCUCCCUCGCCUCGCCUGGCAGCGGCAGGAAAGAGCGGGAGAGCAAAGCGCACCGCAGCCGGACUAAAGCGGCCAAAGAGCCGCCGUCGGCUUACAAGGACCCGCCGAAGGCCUACCGCGACGACAAGCCCGAGCCCAAGGCCUACCGGCGGCAGCGCUCAUCCCCCAGCCCCGGCCGGGACGACAGCCCCCCGCUGCACCGCUCUUCGCAGAGCCUGCGGAGCCGCAAGUCGCUGAGCCCCACGGGCGGUCGCUCACCCCUCAGCCCCUACAGCCGCCGCCGCUCCCCCAGCUACAGCCGGCACAGCUCCUACGAGCGCGGCGGAGAUGUGUCGCCCAGCCCCUACAGCAGCUGGCGGCGGUCGCGGAGCCCCUACAGCCCCGUUAUUCGGCGAUCAGCAAAAUCUCGAAGUAGAAGUCCAUAUUCAUCAAGGCACUCGAGAUCUCGUAGCAGACACAGGUUGUCUAGAUCGAGAAGUCGUCAUUCAAGUAUUUCUCCUAGUACAUUAACUCUGAAGAGUAGCCUGGCUGCUGAGCUGAACAAAAACAAAAAAGCAAGAGCAGCUGAGGCAGCUAAAGCCAGUGCAAAAGCUUCCAACACUUCAACACCAACGAAGGGGAACACUGACACUGCUGCAAGUGCACCUCAAUUGAACAAUGUAAAGGACUUGAAGAAAGUAAAAAUUGAGCAUACACCUUCUCCUACAAGCAGUGCAAAUUUGAAGAAUGACAAGGCAAAAGCAAAGGUUUCACUGCCAGAAACUAAAGGAGAAAAUAAUUUGAUUGCAGACAAAAAUACUAAACAGAAAGCUACAGCAGUAAAAGAGGAUAAAGUAACUGUCGUAAAACAGCAGCCGGUCACUGUAAAAGAGAAAACCAAACAGAGUACACCGAGUGUAGUAACAAAGGAGAAGGAGCGAAUUGUUGCACUACCAGCCUCCACACUGCCACCCUUGCCUUUGCCUCCCACGCUGCCUGAAGAUAAUGAAACUGAUAGUAGCUUGAGAGAGAAUAUUACAGUGAAGUCAGUUAAAGAAACAGAGAAGAAACUUCGCCAUCUGCUUGCAGACUUGCCACUUCCACCUGAGUUGCCUGGAGGAGCUGAGUUAGCCAAAAGUCCUGAAGAAAAGAAACCAGCAGUUCAGCUACACAGCAAGAGGAGACCAAAAAUAUGUGGACCACGACAUGGUGAAACAAAAGAAAAAGAAAUUGACUGGGGAAAGCGCUGUGUGGAUAAAUUUGAUAUCAUUGGUAUUAUUGGUGAAGGCACUUAUGGACAAGUUUACAAAGCCAGGGAUAAAGACACAGGAGAAUUGGUGGCACUAAAGAAAGUACGAUUGGAUAAUGAAAAGGAGGGGUUUCCAAUUACAGCUAUUCGAGAGAUUAAAAUUCUUCGACAGCUUAAUCACCAAAGCAUUAUCAACAUGAAGGAAAUAGUGACAGAUAAGGAAGAUGCUUUGGAUUUCAAGAAGGACAAAGGUGCAUUUUAUCUGGUAUUUGAAUAUAUGGACCAUGACUUGAUGGGACUGCUGGAAUCUGGUUUGGUUCAUUUUAAUGAAAAUCAUAUAAAAUCAUUUAUGAGACAGCUGAUGGAGGGUUUGGCGUAUUGCCAUAAGAAGAACUUUUUGCACAGAGAUAUAAAAUGUUCAAAUAUUCUACUAAAUAAUAGAGGGCAGAUAAAGCUUGCAGAUUUUGGGCUUGCUCGGCUGUACAACUCAGAAGAAAGCCGACCAUAUACCAACAAAGUUAUUACAUUAUGGUAUCGGCCUCCUGAACUUCUGCUUGGAGAAGAACGAUACACGCCAGCUAUCGAUGUCUGGAGCUGUGGCUGCAUCCUGGGUGAACUUUUUACAAAAAAGCCAAUAUUUCAAGCAAAUCAAGAACUUGCUCAACUGGAACUUAUAAGUCGAAUUUGUGGGAGUCCUUGUCCAGCAGUGUGGCCCGAUGUUAUAAAAUUAGCUUAUUUCAACACGAUGAAACCAAAGAAGCAGUAUCGUCGAAAACUGAGAGAAGAGUUUGCAUUCAUCCCACCAGCUGCAUUAGAUUUGUUUGACUACAUGCUUGCCCUGGAUCCCAGCAAGCGCUGCACAGCUGAACAAGCUCUUCAGUGUGAGUUUCUGCGAGAUGUGGAACCAUCUAAAAUGCCUCCCCCAGACCUUCCUUUGUGGCAGGAUUGCCAUGAGCUGUGGAGUAAAAAACGCAGAAGACAGAAGCAAAUGGGCAUGACUGAUGACUCAACAGCGACUAAAGUCCCUAGGAAGGAUCUGUCUCUCGGCAUGGAUGAGAGCAGAACCAACACCCCACAAGGCAUGCAAACUUCUUCCCAACUCAAAACUCAGGGCAACUCUAGUGUAGCACUUGCAAAAACAAGCACUGGACAGCAGUUAAACCAGAAUGAAGUGGCAAUCCUGCUAAACCUGCUACAGUCUAAAACAAGUGUUAGUUUGGCACAGUUUGCCCAAGUGUUGAAUAUUAAGGUAAACCCAGAGACUCAGCAGCAACUAAAUAAAAUAAAUCUUCCUGCUGGAAUUUUGUCAGCAGGUGAAAAACAGUCAGAACAGCAGCAGCAGCCGCCGCCGCCUCCGCCACCACCGCCGGAACAGGAGUCCCUAAAACAGCCGACCGUCACGCAGCCUCCUGUACCACCUGCUCAGCUAAGUCAGCCUAAAGUGGAAACUGACGCUGCCCAGGCAGCUGUACAGAGUGCAUUUGCUGUUCUGUUGUCUCAGUUAAUAAAGGCUCAGCAAACAAAACAAAAAGAUUUGGUGUUGGAGGAGAAGGAAAACGGAUCAGGAAAUGAAAUGUCAUUACAACUCAGGCAGCCUCCAGAGCCCACCACUCCUGCGUCUCUCAGCCGGGACGACAUGGAAUCUCCAGCACCCGGUUACCCACAUCUGAUCAAGUCAUUAUAUACGCCUGCAGGUCAAGAGGACUUGGCUAGGCAAUCCGAGAUGAGGCUCCUGAACCGAACGCCAGAACAGGAACGCCCUCGGAUACUGCCUCCAGACCAGCGUCCCCCGGAGCCCCCAGAGCCCCCGCCUCUCACUGAUGAAGACCUUGAUUAUCGGACAGAGAACCAGCAUUUGCCUAUAAGUAACUCUUCAGGAACAGAUCCUCAUGCAGGAGUGAAAGCGGCACUUCUGCAACUGCUCGCUCAGCAUCAAGCUCAGGCAACAACAGAGGAGCCCGUACAGACGAGUGUGGAUUACCAGGCUAGAGACUCCUAUGUAGCAGGCCCAGACUACAAGGACAACUUUGGAUCAUCUACCUUCUCCUCUGCCCACUAUGGCGGUAGCGAUGGCAUAGGAAGUGGGUCAUCGGGAGCACUAGAACGAAGGAGCUUCCUUGGAAACUCAGAUAUUCAGCCUUUGGAUAACUACAGUACUGCUUCAUCUCACUCGGGUGGUGCCCCUCCUCCGUCUGCCUUUUCAGAGUCCUUCCCCAGCUCAGUAACUGGUUACGGAGACAUUUACCUCAACACUGGCCCCAUGCUAUUUAGCGGAGAUAAAGACCAUAGGUUUGAAUACAGCCACGGCCCAAUCUCAGUCCUGGGGAACAGCAGGGACGCUUCUGUGGGGCCGGAGAGUACUCAUUCCUUGCCUACUAAGAUGCACAACUAUAGCUAUGGAAGUAACUUACAGGAAAACCCUGGUGGCAUCAGCCACAUGCAUGGACAGACCUGGACAUCUCCUGCGCAAGGACCUGGCUACUCCCAGGGAUACAGGGGGCACAUUAGUACAUCUGCAGUGAGAGGGCGAGGCAGAGGAUUACCAUUUUGAGUAUCUGUUUUUCCUCAGGCACAUCGUUUUUAUCUGGAAAAACUUUUUUUUUCUAGCUGCAGUUUAAAGCAGCAGUUCACAGACUUGAAUAAUAUUAAUUCAACAGCUUUAUUUUUAUGUGGAAAAGGGUCUUGCAUACAGUAGGAAAAAUUAAAAAUGCUUAAAACUCAUGCUGUCUGAAAAAUAGAUGAAUUGAUUGUACAUGUUCACAAACUCUAGUUCUGAAUUUUUUUUUGUAUUUUGGCAGUUUUAAGUGGAUGCUAAAUUUAGGGACAUCAGCUUUUUAUGGCACUCUUUCAGAUCUUCUGAACUAUGCACAUUUGUGCUUUUUUUGUAAGUUUGGACCAACUUUUAUGUAAAAAAAAUUUUACAACAAUCAAAGCAGGGCACUGAUUUAUUUGGUAUUUUUCUUUUUACAGAACUACCUUUAGUCAAAGGUCACUGUCAGUCAUUGCACUGCUUUCAGUGUUAUUGUGGAAGGCGUACUUUGUGCUCAUUUCAGAUAAUAAAACACAACCUUUCUCUUGAUGCAAAAUUUUAUAAACAUUUGGUCAAUGUUAAUUUUUUCUUUCCAAAAAAAAAAAAAAAGAAAAAAUGAAUGGAUGUUCUGGUAAAAUGUUCUCUCCAUCUCCCGGGUUUGUUUAUAUAUAAACUGUUUUACUUGAAUGGUAAGUGCCUUAACACGUAAGCUUAAGGUCUGCAAAAGUUGGAAGUACUCUAUAAAUCAAUGCUAAAGUAAUACUGAAACCUAGACAGUUAACAUGAAAAUUCCGGUAAUAAUAGGAAGCUCAAAUAGGUCAUAACUUUGUGUUGUUUACUUCAUGUGGACCAGUUAUUUAGAGACCUAAUCUUACCUUGAUCAAGUCAUUAUUUCCAAAUUGAACUUCGUAAGAAGCUGCAAAAGUGAGAAGAGUGAAGAGCGUAGUUUUUCCUCAGCUCCUCUUUGGAGUUGUAGUAAUUGAUUUACUUCCUCUGCCAAAUAAACGAUGCUUUUUAUGUCCUUUCCCAGCCGUGAAAAAGUUUUUCCUCUUAAAUGUCAACAGCAGCAAUUACUGUGAAAAGUAUGUGAAAAGCUGAUGCUGUCUCCUUUUUAUGACAACUACUGCUUUAUGGGAAUUAAACAAAGGACAAAUGACCAGUAUUUAAGCAAACAUUUUACACUAGUUCUAAUUCUGUAAACUCUUGAUUGUGCCAACUAAUCGUCCUUGUAUCUGCUAUUCCACUGAGUAUUCUAGUGUCAGAAUCGAGUCUCUCUGAACAACUGAUAAAAUAACUGUAGUUAAAACUCUUAAUUAACCAAGAGCCACUCCUCAAUAAUCAUAACAUCGAGCAUGUUUUUUUUCCUGUGAUGACAAGCGGUCCCUCUCCUGCAGAGAGGAGGUAUGGUUAUAUUUUGCAUGUACGUAAAAGAAUGUUUUUAAAGCCCAUAUUGGAAACAAUUUUCCAACUGAUUAUCCAGUUGACAAAUCGGUACCUUAUGUAACUGAGUGUUUAAUUAUUACUUUUUAAAAAGUAAAAUUUCUACUUACACUAUUUCAAAUGUAGUCUUGUCAGUGACUUUUUGGACUUUCAGAAUAGAAGCCAAAGUUGUUGGUGUUUUGUUUUAAUUUAAAAUCCUGGUUCUUGUUUAUGGCCAAGUACAACGUUGCAGAGUGUGGAGAAAGUCACUGUGCUGACUAUGUAGAGUGAGGAUCUGGCAGAUGGGAGAUGGAGAUGUCCCUGUAAGGCUGGCAGCUGCCUUCACUAGAUACAGAAGGGAAUCCUGCCAUCUGAAAACAAAAGCGACCCAGACAGUCAGGAACAAACGCUUGUGGCCGUGUGCUUUAGGAAAACCACAGCUUGACAGUGGCAGUGCACUAGAUAGGUUUCCUUGAGUAAGGACUCCCCAGUAACAUUUCUCUGCUAGUUGAAUUUUAAAGGCAGAAAUCAUUCUUCUCAUUUAGGUACGGACGAUUUAGGUAGUGUCAGCUGAGGCUUUUUUGUUUACUAACUGAUAGAAAAAAAAUUCCCAAGAGGUUCAGACAGGUUUUUGUUUUUUUUUUUCAGAGUCAAGCAAGACUUUUAAAGCUAUUAGGCCAUUGUUUUCACUAAAAACAUGCAGUCUAGUGUUACUCUACUGCACUUCCAAUGUAAAUUGGAAAAAAAAAAAAAAAAGCAGGUAAGUUCAAAUGGAAGGUAGAUUUCAAGGAGGACUAAAUGGUUUGACCUCCAGUACAAAAAUGUAAGGCAGUUUUAAUGUCUCCUGCGUCUUUCCUGGAGGUAAACAUUAGGUUAUUUUAGUUCGUUUAACGCAGAGCCGGCAGUCUCUAAGUGAAGGACAGGCAGAGCAACACCAUUGCUGGCUGGCAUCGCUCUGCUGCUGCAUUGUUCUGCUGAGAUGGAUUUUAGUCUUCAGAUGUAAAAAGAAAAGCCAACACGAGUAACCGUGGCUGUGAUGGAUACAAAGGAGAUGGAGUAGACAGUUGACUUCCAGAUGGAUCUAAACCAAAACUUGUACACUGUUGCAGAUGCAUGUUUCCCCAAAUUCAGUUUAAGGCUUACUAGCCUGUGACCGAAGACUAUUUGCCUGGGACAGCAGUGCUGGUGUAGCGUGGGGGGGCAGUCGGUGUGGGAUGAUGGCUGAGGGAGGAGGCUGCUGCCUUCUCUGCAGCCUGGGGAUCUGCCCGGCUCCCCCAGGUCUGGGCCUGGUCAGGAAUUGGCCAGACCCAAGGGCUGCCCACCUUUGGUUGUGCUGGCCCUGUGUGUGAUUUAUCAACAUUUCUUUUAUGUAUCAUAUUACGAGGUGCUUACAUCAGUUCAGAAUUUGACUCUUUUGAACAAACUUCACUUAGCAGAGUGAGUCAGUGCUAGUGCAACAUUUGGCUUUGCGUGGCUGUUGCGUUUCUGCUGCAGUAGCGGGCAUUCUGAAAACCGCGUGAUUUUCUGUGGAGCCAUGGCUUUUGUUACUUUCCCGCCUUCCUUGGGUUUACAUUUUCUGUGCUGCAAUUCCAAAGUGUGCUACAGAGACCUGGACACCACAUCAAAAAGUAAGUGUUGUGUGUUUGUGUUUCUAAAACAUAGCAAAGUACUGUAACCAUGGACUGUGGAGUAGCAAGUGUUCAUUAUUUAUACUGAGCGGUCGUUAGCCAUACCAAGAGGAGAAAUGUGAGCACGACUGGACUGCUGUGAAUGUGACUUAAGACGCUUAGAGUAUUAGAACACUUAAAAUCAGCCAAAGGAAAAGGAACUGACUUCUAUCAUGAAUUCCUAGUUGUUACCUGAAACAGAAGGAAUGGUGUUUGGGAAGGGGUGUAAAAAUACGUGUCUUUAAAUGUUAAUAUUUAAUUCCCUGGGGAGGCGGGUGGAAAUUAAAUGGCAAAUUUCUGUAUUUUCUUAUGUUUCCAUAAAACAUAUUCUAUGUUGGAUUUUCUUGCCACAGCAGUGUGAAAGCAGAGGCACCGAGUGCUGUAGCAUUGAGCUCUCCACGGUUUAGAGCUCUGCCCUUCUGCUGGUCCCUGCUGCAGGCAGGUGCUGGUGUGGUGCAGUUGCAGUGGGAUCUGUUUGGUCACUGACAGUGAGAACAUAGGAUACCUCUUGUCUGCGGGCAGAUUGGAUCUCGGAACAUGAAUUCUGUUUCCGAGAGGAAAUCUCAUGUAUUUCUUGCAUUCUCUUAGUUAAUGAAACACACAAGCAUUUUACGAGCAGCAUUUCUCCGGUCUAUUGUUACACGAUUUGUAUAGGAGGAAAUUUGGCUGUUUCCCUUCUUGAUGGUUGUGGGAUGUUCUUCAUACAUGAGUGUGUUAAGAAGAUAAAGAAUCACAGAAAAGUGAUCUGAAUUCUGUAUUUAAAAAAUGAAAUGACCUUGGGUUAAAGUUGAACUAACUUUUGCUUAUCAGGGUGAAGAAUACUUUAUUGCAGGAGUUAUUUCAAGACAACAUAAUUUAAAAUAAUCAAACUGUUAUGCUUCAGCUUGCUUACCCUUCGUUAUUUUAAGCCAUUUGUAUAUAAAUGUAUCGUGUGGCUUGUAAAUAAAAUACAUGAAAACUUGAA